AUGGUCAAGGAAACAAAAUUAUAUGAUUUACUUGGUGUUUCACCAACCGCCAAUGAACAAGAAUUGAAAAAAGGUUACAGAAAGGCAGCGCUAAAAUAUCAUCCAGAUAAGCCUACCGGUGAUACUGAGAAGUUUAAAGAAAUUUCAGAAGCCUUUGAAAUCUUAAACGACCCCAAUACUAGAGAAGUAUAUGAUCAAUAUGGGUUAGAAGCUGCAAGAUCAGGUGGUCCAUCAUUCGGUGGUGCUGGUGCUGGUGGAUUUCCAGGCGGAGCUGGUGGAUUUAGUGGCCAUCAAUUUAGUAAUGAUGAUGCCUUUAAUAUGUUUUCUCAAUUCUUUGGUGGUUCUGCUGGUGGCGAUCCAUUUUCCGGUGGUGGAUUCCAUGGAAUGGGUGGUAUGCCCGGUGGUAUGCACGGAGGUAUGCCUGGUGGAUUUAGAUCUGCUGCACCUCAAUAUGAAGAAGAAGAAGUGGUGCCAGUUAAUUUGCCUGUUUCUUUAGAAGAUUUGUUUAUAGGGAAGAAGAAAUCUUUCAAGAUUGGUAGAAAAGGACCAGGUGGUUCUCAAGAAAAGACUCAAAUAGACAUUCAAUUGAGACCAGGUUGGAAGGCGGGUACUAAGGUCACUUACAAGAACCAAGGUGAUUAUAACCCGAGAUCUGGUGGAAGGAAAACCUUACAAUUUGUAAUUCAAGAGAAGGCUCACCCAGAUUUCAAAAGAGAUGGUGACGAUUUAAUUUAUAUUCUGAGAUUAUCCUUUAAAGAAUCACUACUUGGGUUUUCCAAGACCAUAAACACCAUCGAUGGUAGAAAAUUGCCUCUAUCGAGAUCACAACCAAUUCAGCCAACGGAAAUAUCUACUUAUCCUGGUCAAGGUAUGCCCGUAUCUAAAAAUCCUUCUCAAAGGGGGAACUUAAUUAUUAAAUAUAAAAUUGAUUAUCCAAUUUCUUUGAAUGAUAAUCAAAGAAUAGCCAUCGAACAAAACUUUUAA